AAACGGCAAACCUGCCUAACGGGUGGAGGUAGCCUAGCCAUUGCGUCCAAUCGUGGAUUAAAAAUAUAUAUAAAUCUGGUGGUAAAUGGUUAAUCCAGAAAGUGGUUUCUAGUGAUGCAUCAUUCAUGACCAAGUGAGACAUGGGAGGAAUGUCCACUGUAAAUAUUAUAGGAAGAAUAGGAAGAAAGGACCUAAGACAUGCCCUUGUGAAAUCCCAGGACAGAAGUGAAGCAGUUUCAAUCGAAGGCUGUUCAGAUGGAGUUUAUGCCCCUUGUCAUCAAACUCAAUGGUAAACUGUGCUCCUCUGGUUAUAGCCUACUAUAAGGCAUAGCCUAGGCCUGCCUAUAAAAGGUUUAUAAUUUCCCGUUAGAGCUAGACAAAAUGCCUAUAGUGACUCUUUGCAGCAAGUAUUUUACUCUGUGGUUCCCGCCCUGUUUAUUACAGUAUGGCAUUUAAAAAGCGAUACAGUGAUACUGGUGUCCUAGAGUAGCCUACACUAUAAGCAAACACACAGUUAAUCACAUUCAAGCAACAGGAGAAAACAUCAUGAUGUCGCGCACCCGCAAGGAAGGACCCGUUCAUUAUCGCUCCAACACUGCCACCAUCAGUUUAGAAUUGAUGCUGGAUUUUCAGAGUCCCAGACAUGAUCUGGAGACUCGCUUGCACCCAGAUUUCCCUGCAGAGUUAAAACAAGUGAGUCAGCCUUGACGGGGCAUUGGAUUAAGAUGUUAAGAUUAGCAUGGAGAAGGACAACUUCAAAAAUAGAUAGCAGUGCAGACCCAGCUCGCUUGUUGAGUAUCGCUUUCCUGGGAGCAGAGACGCCGCUGAAUAACCCGGAGAGCAGUCGGGCCGUCGGACAUUUAACCCUUGUUCCACCCCUUGACAAAUCUCCCCGUCUGGGUCCCCAAGCGGCCCGUUACUGCUUCAGGACUAUGGCAUCUGGAAGCAAGGGGCCAGGGUCCACCAGCCCCACACCCUCACCUCCCCGAACCGCCAACCGACUGGCUAAAGAGAAGUCUCCGUACCUGCUGCAGCACGCAUACAACCCGGUAGACUGGUACCCAUGGGGACAGGAGGCCUUUGACAAAGCCAAGAGUGAAGAUAAGCCAAUAUUCCUGUCAGUGGGCUACUCCACCUGCCACUGGUGUCACGUGAUGGAGCGAGAGUCGUUUGAGGACGUGGAGAUCGGACGAAUGCUGAGCGAGAACUUUGUCUGCAUCAAGGUGGACCGCGAGGAGAGACCCGACGUGGACAAGGUCUACAUGACCUUCGUCCAGGCCACCAGCGGGGGCGGGGGCUGGCCCAUGAGCGUGUGGCUGACCCCCGAACUUCGACCUUUCAUCGGGGGCACCUACUUCCCCCCCAGGGACAAUGGGCGGCGGCCCGGCCUGAAAACAGUCCUGACCAGAAUCACAGAGCAGUGGCAGAGUAACCGCGCGGCGCUAGAGUCGAGCGGGGAGAAGGUUCUAGAGGCGCUGCGGAAGGGGACAGCCAUCGCAGGCCAGCCAGGCGAGACUCCGCCCCCGGCGCCAGACGUGGCUCACCGCUGCUUCCAGCAGCUUGCUCACUCCUACGAGGAGGAGUACGGAGGCUUCAGGGACGCACCCAAGUUCCCCUCUCCAGUGAAUCUGAUGUUCCUGCUGUCCUACUGGGCUGUGAACCGCUCCCUGGAGGAGGGGGCGGAGGCGCUCCAGAUGACCCUGCACACCCUCCGCAUGAUGGCCCUGGGGGGGAUACAUGACCAUGUGGCUCAGGGAUUCCAUCGUUACUCCACAGACUCCUCCUGGCACAUUCCUCACUUUGAGAAGAUGCUGUACGACCAGGCCCAGCUGUCUGUGGCCUACAUCACUGCCUACCAGGUGUCUGGGGAGCAGCUGUUUGCAGAUGUUGCUCGGGAUAUUCUCCUCUACGUCUCCAGAGACCUGAGUGACAAGGUGAGCCAACUCUACCAUCAUUAGGAUCUGUGUGUGUGU